UCCUUGUCCCCCGUGGGCAGCCCUAGCGCGUGCAGCCGCGGAUCUCCAGCUCCAAGGGCCUGCCUUAGAACCGCCACCCCCUGGGACAAGCAGCCUGGAGCCAUGAAGACCAAGAACCGGCCCCCCAGGCGCCGGGUGCCAGCGCAGGACCCAGAGGCCGCCGCAGGGGAACGGACCCCUGACGGGCCCCAGCAGGGUUCGGGGCUGGAGCUGGCCAAGGGUCUGCGGAGCAGGACGGUGCGGGCACAGGGGGCGCGGGCCGAGGGUGGGCGCAGGCGGCCGGGGGCCUCGGGGCCUGGUGGCCGGCGGGAGAACAGCGUCCAGCGGCGGCUGGAGAGCAAUGAGCGAGAGCGGCAGCGUAUGCACAAGCUGAACAACGCCUUCCAGGCGCUGCGAGAGGUCAUCCCGCACGUUCGAGCCGACAAGAAGCUCUCCAAGAUUGAGACGCUCACUCUGGCCAAGAACUACAUCAAGUCGCUGACCUCCACCAUCCUGACCAUGUCCAGCGGCCGCCUCCCGGGCCUGGACGGCCCGGGCCCCAAGCUCUACCAGCAUUAUCAGCAGCAGGCGGCGGCUGGGGGUGCACUGGGCGCCACCGAGCCCCAGCCCGAAGGCCACCUGCAGAGGUACUCCACGCAGAUCCACAGCUUCCGGGAGGGCUCCUAGCGCCUGGCCUGGGGUCCGCGGCCUGGCCCGGCCCUGCUGCCUCUGUGCCGAGAGCCCCAGAUUGGUGGGGGGACACCCCACGUGGACGUGGCCCCAGCGGCUCCAUUUUCCCCGAACGCUCAGCUGCCUCCCUGGGGCAUCGCCUGGUCCCCAGGGGACAAGACCAGUUGAGUGGCCUGCUUGAGGCCCUGGCUCUGGGCAGCAGGAGGCCCGAACCUUGACCUAAGUCCCAGGACCUGCUUUUUAAUUGACCAGGCUGCAGUUGACAGGCCUUUGUAACUAAAUUCUCUCCAGUCCCAACUCCUUCCUGAGACAAAGAGGGGGGGAGGGAGGGAGAUUCCAGGAAAAGGUCCAUGUGGGUAAGUUUCCACAGUUCCUGCUGAGGCCCCAGGCCCAGGAACAGUCCUCCUCCAACCUGCAAUGUGGCCUCUUCGUUCAGGGUAAACUGAGGCACAGAGCAAGCAAAGGCCACGGACACGGAGUGUGGCUAAGCCGAGAUGAUUGAAGCGUGUAGUUCAGCGUGUGUCAGAUAGAAACUCUCAAAACCCCACAAAUCCUAAUCCGAUUACCUCAAAUUAAUUCUAAAGGGACCUUGGCAGGAAGAAGGGCUGGGAUCUUUUCCUUCCUCCUCCUGGGUGGGGCUCCUGACUGUGGAGGGUCAGGCCCCAGGGGCUGCAGCCCAGCUCUCAAGGGCUUACAGACAGAUCUGGGAGAACGGCCGGGCUCUCCCUCCCUCGGCGUUUGCUGCUCGUGGUCGCGUUUGUCACUGCUGUGGUCGUGUCACUGGCAGAGGGCGGUUGACAAAACUGCAGGGUGUUCUCGGGUCCUGGCUGGAGUUGGGGGCCUGCAGGGCUCUCUGGGGGAGGGAUCCUGGGGUGGCAGGAGCUCCCCUCCCCCGCCUAGUGCUGCUCCUUAAAGGCGGGCCUGGGCAGUUUGGCAGGUCCCAUCCCCCCCCACUCCCCACAGUCCCGGGCCAAGCUUCCUUCUGUGACACUUCUGGCCCCGACAGGCUUUGGCGUCUCUCCUCCCUCAUCCCUGUGCCCAUGGCCAAUAUGGGGAGGGGACGAGCAACCUUGGCUGCCACGGGCAGGAACCCCAGUGACAAAGGCUGUGGUGAGGGUAGAGCUGGCCUGGCAUAGGAGGCCAGACCUCGCAGCCAGAGCUGUCCCAGAGGCCCUCAGGGGGCCGAGCCGCAUGGGGGCAGGGCCACCUCACCCCUCCCCACCCCACCCCAGCCCUGGGGGUCCUGGCCCCAGCCGCUUAAUCCCCUCCCUGGCUUGGUGUCAGCAUCAAGGACAGCAGGCAACGGCCCUCAGGACAGCCAUUUGGGGCUUUGGUCCUGACUUUCCAGAUCAGGCCCCAUGCCAGGCCCCCUGGGACGCCUGGUCCAAUGCCAGCCCCACCGCCCCAGCCAUCCCGCAGCACCGUCAGGUGAGGACCCCCGGUACUCCUGGCCUGCCCCUCAGAGGUGGCUGCUCUGGAAGGCCAGUGGUCAGGACACCCCACCGACUGGAGCCGAGGUUGAGGACCACUUCGAGAUCGGGACGGACGGGCCCCACACUCCCUGUGGGUGGUCUGCAAACCUUGUGGUUCUUAUUCCGGCAGAGCCGAGGCCAGAGCAGGGGCUCCAUGCACCCCUGAACUUGCUGAAUGAACCAACAGACUGAGCCGAAAGCACAGGGAGGGGUGCCCCGUGGGCACUCCGUCCGGGGGACUAUGCCCGAUGACCGAGGGUGCUGGAGGGGCUCUGUGUGGGUCACCCCCUAGCAGAUGACAGCCUUCAGGGCUCCAUCUGUCCCAAACUGGCACCUGCAUCCCCUCUGCUUCCCAGGGGGUGACCUGGGCCCAGAUGUCUAGUCCUUCUUCCCCUGUGGCCACGUCACAAAGGACCCUUAAAGGUUCCAGUUGCAUUUUGGGGUGUUAAAUAUGGCGGGCAGGUGGAGGAAGGUUCUGGUGAUAGGCUAGUGAGGCCUGCUGCUGAGUCUGCUCCCUUGACCUUGUCUGGGACCCCAAGCCCAGUGAGACCCUUCUGCCCGGGGAGGGCGCCCAAAGCCAGCAACCCACUGGCCCCGAGCCCUGCCAGCUGGCCUGCACCCAGGCCUCGCAUCCGCCUGCAGAACAGACCUGCAUGAGCUCUGGAGGCUGAGAUCCCCGCAGACUGGAGCUGAGAAACCAGAACUGUGACUUCUCUGUGUGGGAAACCCUGCCUGGAACUGAGUGGCCGGUGCCCCCGCUGUGAUUGUGGUGAAAAUGUUCCUUAAAUGACCCAAAUUUGCUUUGAUUUCUCCUAAUGGUCCCCUUCAAAGUACUAAUGAAACCAAUGCUGUGUCCUAAAACAAAAAACAAAAGAAAGAUUUCACCCCCGUGACUGCUAACUUUUGCCCCAGGCCGGAUGGGGGAGGGGGGACUGCAUUUUGAUCACAACGUAGCAAUAAAAAAAUAGCAUGUGUUUACA